AUGAAACACGGGCCUGGCAUCAGCUUCGUCUCUGCAUGGCAAGUGCCCCACGAUCGCGCCACCUGGCGGCCGGAGCUUGCGACACACCUCCUCAGCGGCGCCCUCGCUCUUGUUCUAAUAACCGCCCACGCUAUCACCACCGCUUACAGCGCCUUUGCAAAGAGCAGCCCCCACACCCCCCUGGUGAACGCGUACGAUCGAGCGGGACCGCUCUCGCGCCUCACGUUCUGGUACAUUCUCCCCCUUCUCAAGCUCGGAUACAAGCGCCCCCUCCAGCCGGUCGACGUUCCCCCCCUCCCGAAGACAGACGAUCCUGAGCCCCCCACCUGCCGUUUCCAACUAGAGUGGGCGAAAGAACGGGCGAAAAGCAAGCCGUCGCUCCUGCGAGCGUUGUUUCGCGUCUAUGGCGGCCGCGUCGCCCUGCAAGCGAUCCCCUGUUUCAUAGCUGAGGUUGGCAGCCUUGCGUGCCCUCUCCUUCUCCAACGGGUUCUCACAUACCUAACACAAGAUACCGGGCAAUCAGGGGCUGCCACCUGGCGCGCAGCAGAGUACGCGCUGGCCUUCUUCUUGUUCACGAUGAUGAGGUCAGCAGGGACGCACGCCAUGUGGAUGCAAUUAAUGCAGGUGUCCAUACAGUGUAAAUACACCCUGAUUGCGGCGCUGUAUGGGAAAGUGCUGCGAAUGCCCCCCGCCGUAAAGGGGAAGCACGCGGGGGGAAAGGUGCAGAAUCUGGUGGCGAGCGAUGUGGAUGCGAUCACGGGGAGCGUGCUGCCGUACGUGCAGUGGUGGACUGUCUCCAUGGUAAUGAACACGAUUCUCCCCGGGUUCUUCCUGUACCGCCUGGUUGGCCCCGCGUACUUGAUCGGCAUCAGCGUGAUAGUUGCGCUGCUCCCCGCCAGUGUGUGGGUGGCCGGCAUUGUAAAGCGCGUCACCAAGACCAUGUACGAGGCGCGUGAUGCACGCGUCAAGCUGCUCGGGGAAGUGGUUCGCGCCAUCCUAGUUGUCAAGUGCCUCGCGUGGGACGACCUCAUGCUGACGUGGAUCACAGAGAAGCGCGCGGCGGAGCUGGCGCAGCGGCUGCGCCUCGUGUGGUGGGAGCUGAGCGAGGUUCUGCUGUGGGACACUGUUCCGGCGGCCGUUCCGCUCGUCACUUUCGCGUGGUACUGCCUCGUCAUGCGUCAGCAGCUGACGAUCACGACCGCGUUCACGACGAUCGCGUGGCUCGACAUCCUGCAAAUGAACGUGAACUACAUCCCCUGGAUCUACCGGGCCCUCAUAAACGCGAGCGUGUCGUACCACCGCAUACAGGACUUUCUGCUCGGCCCGGAGUUGCAGCCGCUUGCGAGCCUGCCCCCCGGAACGGAUUCCGCGUUCGAGAUCGCGCAUGCGGACUUUGGGUGGGUAAGCGAGGGGGGCCGAAAACACCGCCGGGGAAAGCCCCCGGGAGGAAACAAUGAUAGCCUGGCAGACUCGGCGGUCGGCCCGGUAGGAGCAAACCGACCGGUAUUGGAGGACGUUACUCUGACGGCGAAGCGCGGCGAGUUUGUGGCGAUCGUCGGGCCCGUAGGGUCCGGUAAAUCGACGCUCCUCUCCGCGAUUUGUAACGGGGGCGCCGUGUGCACUCGCGGGAGCGUCGCAGUUACCGGCGGGUGCUUGGCACUAGUCGGGGAAGAGCCCUGGGUGCAGAACGCGAGCCUGAAGGACAACGUCACCUUUGGGGCGCCGUACGAGGAGAAGCGCUUCGCUGACGUCAUCGACGCGUGUCAGCUGGCCGCUGACGUGGCGGCGCUGGGGCCGGCGGGCGCGGACUCCGCGGUCGGGGAGCGCGGCGCGACUCUCUCCGGGGGGCAGCGCGCACGGUGCGCGCUCGCGCGCGCGUGCUACCGGCGUCCGGAAUCCGAGCUGUACGUUUUGGACGACUGCCUGCGCGGAUUGGACGUCCACGUGUCGCAGGCGGUGUUUGAAAAAUGCUUGCUCGGCUAUCUUGCCGACAAGACACGUGUCGUGGCGACGCAUGACGAGAAACUAGUGCGGGCGGCGGAUCGGAUUGUGUUGCUGGAAGGGGGGCGGUGUCGGGAAGUGACGGUGGAAGAGUGGGAGGAGCGGGCAAGGGGGGAGGAAUGGCAGGGGUCUGAAGGGGGGGGACAGAGUGAGGGCAGCGAAAAUGAAGACGAGGGGGGGAGUGAAGACGGGGAAGAUGGCGAGGGUGAUGAUGAGGCGGAUGGGGAAGAGGAGCAAGAUGACACGUGGCAAGACGAGGGAGAGGACCAGUCGUCCUCGUGGCGGCAAUCCAGCAGCGAGCUGUGCGUGUCGCCGCGAACGGCGGCGCUGUUGGCGGGGCGGGCCAGCCGGGAAGAGGCGGCCAGAGAAGCGGAGAGAGAGGCGAUCAGGGAGGACAAAGCCCAAGUCGAUUUGCGCACGCCCCUCCUGGGAACAGGCGGCGGCGCUGGGCCCUCAAAACCGCCCCCCAGACCUUCCCCCCCGGAGACCGGAAAACGCCCCCCGAUCAGCCGUCCCCCGGUUCUAAAGAAACGCCCCUCUGGGCCCAAAACAGCUCCACCUGGGCAAGAAACAAAGCGCGAGGGGGCCGUCUCUUUUUCCGUCUUCGCUGCGUUCUUCCGCGCCGCGGGGGGGUGGAAGAUCGUCGCUCCCGCAAUUCUCAUCUUCGCCGCGCGCAUCGCCGCGGGAAUCGGGCGAACGCUCUGGCUGGCGGUAUGGACCGGGGGGGCCGAGCCGGAACCCGGUACCGCGCCCCACUCGCAGCUGUUCUACAUUCAGGUCUACGCGGGGAUCGUUGGCGCGUUGUCGGUUUUCGCGGCUCUGCGGUCGCUGUUGGCGGACUUUGGCUGCUAUUUCGCGGCGCGGGAGCUGCACGCGGCGAUGCUGCGCGCCGUGCUGCGCGCGCCCAUGGCGCUCUUCCACCGGACGUCCGCGGGGACCAUCAUCAACCGCUUCGCGUCCGACACCGGGCAGAUGGACGACGCUGUUCCGGAGGAGCUGUCCGGGUUCAUCGAGGUGGCCCUCCAAUUAGUGGGCGCGAUCUUCGUCGUUUCCUUCAGCACGCCCGUCUUCCUGCUGCUCCUCCUCUUCAUCUCGCUCGGCUUCGCGGCCAUUGCGCAACUCUACCGCCACGCGGCGCGCGACCUGAAGCGCAUCCAGUCGCUCCGCCAAUCGCCGGUGUACGCGCACUUUGCGGAGAGCAUGGAGGGCGCGCCCGCGGUGCGCGCGUUCGGCGAGGUUUCGAGGUUUAUCGCGGACGGGAAGGCGCGCGUCGCGGGGUUCUUGGCGGCGAUGUUCAGCGCGUGGGCGGCGAACCAGUUCGUGACGUUCUGGAUGGACGUCAUGGGGGCGGCGGUCAUGCUGGGGGCGAGUUUCCUCGCGAUCGUCGAGACGGAGCGCGGGAACCUGCGACCUGAGAUGGCCGCCCUUAGCAUUACGUACGCCGCCGAGUUUGCUGAGCUGCUCAUGUGGAGCGUGCGCCAAUGGACCGAGCUCGAAGUCGCCAUGGUCGCCGUGGAACGCGUGCUCGACUACACCGCCCUCCCCUCCGAAGCCUGGGACGGCCGCCGGGGGAUCCAUCUACCGGCCCAACGUCAGUCCCCGGUAAACGGUGUACCGGGCACACGUCCGGUUGUACUGGGCGCUCAGAGUCCUGCCACGUGGCCCGAGCACGGCCGAUUGGAGUUUGAGGACGUGUGGCUGGUGUACGAGGCGCGCUCGCGGGGGGUGGUGAAAGCAACCGGGGGGCAGAAACCGCCCGGGGGAAUGAAAGACGGGGACGGAGAGAAGUCUGCGGCGCAAGGCGGGAAAGCCGCCCUACGGGGGGUGACAUUUGCCGCGUCGCCUGGUGAACGGAUCGCGGUUGUUGGUAGAACCGGGGCCGGGAAGAGUAGCUUGGUGUCGGCACUGUUCCGGCUGGUAGAACUAGACCAGGGGAGAAUCUUGAUCGAUGGCGUUGACAUCGGGGGCAUGCCGCUGGGGCGGUUGCGGCGCGGGCUCGCGGUGGUGCCCCAGGAACCGGUGCUCUUCUCCGGGAGCCUGCGCAGCAACCUGGACCCGCGGGGAACGCGCACCGACCGCGAGAUUUGGGACGCGCUCGAGGCGGUCGCGCUGAAAGAGACGGUCGCCGGGAAAGAGAAGAAGCUGGAGGAACAGGUGGGCGGGGCGUUGUCGCUCGGGGAACGGCAGCUGCUGUGCGUGGCACGUGCCCUGCUCCAGUCCGCGAAAGUGACCGUUCUCGACGAGGCGAGCAGCGCGCUGGACGCGGAGUCGGAGCGCGCCAUCUACCGGGCGCUUCUGUGGCGCCCGGGGAUGCCCCGAUCGCUCAGCCGCGGCGCCUCUGGGAGCUCGGGGCAGCUCUCCCGGCCGCCGAGUGGGCAGGCGCUGGCGAACCUGGGGGGAGAGGAGAGUGGCCGGGGAACCCCCCGGGCGCCGGAGGGCGCCCCGGUCGGUGGAUUUUAUCCCGGGACGGUUUUGUACAUUGCGCAUAAGCUGAGCACGGUACUGCAGUGUGACCGGGUAAUUGUGUUGGACCAGGGGCGGAUUGUGGAGAUGGACAGUCCGGAGGUGUUACUGGCCAGAGAGGGGAGCCGAUUUGCGGCCAUGGUAGAGACGGGCCAACGAUUGACACUGCAUCCCUAG